UCGAGCAAGAAAAAGUAUUCGGUAGUAUUGUCCAUGAUUUGAAUAUUCUAGAAAGAACUGGGGUGGAAAUAGAGAAAGGCGUAUUCGAAAAAGCUGGUUUAGUCUACAUAGCGGGGGAUAAUCUCGGAAGCCAUUCACUUGGCGGGUUUAUUUGUAACUUCGGUUCCGGAAAUUAUAUUUGUCGCUACUGUGCUGUACAAAAAAACGAAAUCAAUGAAUGUACUGACGAUUGUAAUGGAUGUAUCGGUGACAGUAAAAAACAUACCUACAAGGUAUAUAAACAACUGUCCCAUGACUUUCGCACAAUGGAAUCGUAUGAUGAAUGCGUUCGUAAAACUGAAGAGAGUGGAGGGAAUGAAUUAGGCGUUAUCUCCAAGUGUCUAUUCAAUGACUUGAUGAGCUUUCAUGUCUGUGCACCAGGUCUCCCUCCCUGCUUGGGGCAUGACAUUUUUGAAGGUUUUGCCAAGUACGAUAUCAUGCUAUUUUUAAAAUAUUUAAAAAAGAAAAAAUGGUUCAGUUGGGAAGAACUGAAUGGUAGGAUCGAGAACUUCUCAUAUAGUAGUAACGACAGAAGAGAUAAACCUGUAAAAGUUGAUCCUUCGAGUGAUAAAAUUCCUGGAAAGGCGUGUCAAAUAUGGACAUUCAUCCGUUUGUUGCCACUCGUUAUCAUUGAUAAAAUCAAGGAGCCACAAGAUCCUGUGUGGCAGACAUUUUUAUUGCUGUCGGAACUCGUUGACAUCGUUUGUUCCCCUCAGGUGAACAAAAGUUACAUUCCAUAUUUGAGAGAAAUAAUUCAUAAAUAUUUGGUUGGGAGAACACGAUUAUUCCCUCAUAUAAAAUUACGACCUAAACAUCAUUAUUUGACACAUUACGCAGAUCUAAUGCUCAUAUUUGGCCCGCUCAUUCUAGUAUGGACAAUGCGUUUUGAAUCAAAACAUCCUUUUUUCAAAGAUGUCGCGAGAAAAACUAGAAACUUCAUCAAUGUCACUUGGACCUUAAGUGAUAAACAUGAACUUUACCAAAGCUCAAUUCGUAACGACUCCGAGAUGAAGAACGACUUAAUAAUUACUAAUUCAUUCCCGUUCCUUUGCCACUCUUAUUCUGCUUCCUUAAGAGAUGCUAUCGCUUCACUCAAUAUCAUCGGAGAUAUUCAGGAAUGUCCGUCUGUAAAUAUCAAGGGUACAGAAUAUCGAAAUGGAAAUGUUGUCGUUCUAAGCCAAGAUCAUUAUCAAUUAAACGUGAAAAUGGGCCAGAUCAUUUUAAUAUUAGUGUCUACUGAUGGAACGGUUUAUGUGGUGGCUAAUUCAUUGGCAACCGAGUUCCUUCCUCAAAUCAGAGCCUAUGAAAUUAAUGAAACCAUGAACCACGUAUGUAUACGAAUUGACAAUCUACAGAGUUAUCAAAGUCUGUAUGUCUACACCCUCGGUACGAAACGUUAUGUCAAACUACAUAAUGCCAUUGUAAAUUGAUAAUAAUUCAAUACGGGUUAAUUUACAAAAAUUGUUUUAUCUUUAUUGUAUAAUUUUUA